AUGGGAAACAAGGCGCCAAACAGUAUUGUAACUGAUCAAUGCAAGGCCAUGGCAAAUGCAAUUGAAGAAGUGUUCCCAAAAACAAAACAUAGGUGGUGUUUGUGGCACAUAAUGAAAAAAAUACCUGAAAAAUUUCAAGGGCAUAAGAAUUAUGUUGGAAUCAAGUGUUAUAUAAAAGUGGUUGUCUAUGAAUCUGCUAGUGCAAUUGACUUUGAUAGUGGUUGGAAACGACUACUUACCACACAUGGCUUGGAAAAUAAUGAUUGGCUAUGUAAUUUGUACGAAGAGAGAGGGAAAUGGGUUCCAUGUUACUUGAAGAAUCACUUUUGGGCUGAUAUGUCAACUACUCAAAGAAGCGAGGGAAUGAAUGCUUUCUUUGAUGGUUUUAUUAAUUCCACUACCACACUGCAACAAUUUGUGAUUCAAUACGAUAAUGCUUUAAAAGUAAAGGCCCAAAAAGAAAUAGAAGCUGACUUUGCCUCUCUAAAUACAACAGUUGCAUGUGGGUCUCAAUCACCAAUUGAGAGACAAUUUCAAGUUGAGUACACACAUGAAAAAUUUGAAGAAGUACAAAAUGAGUUUCGAUCAAGGAUGAAUUGUUUCAUUAAAGACACGGUGAAGGAAAGUAUUUUCAACAUCUACACAAUCAAAGAAGAGUGCAUGUGGGAUGGAAAAUGUGCUCCAAAAUAUUACCAUGUUCAAUUCGAUCCUGUUUUAAAAGAUAUUACUUGCUCCUGCCUACUUUUUGAGUUUAGAGGCAUUAUAUGUAGGCAUUCGGUAUUGGUUCUAGGUCAGGAAGAUGUCCAUAAUGUACCCUCGAAAUAUGUACUUCGACGUUGGAGCAAAAACAUCCGAAGAAAGCACACACUUAUUAGAGCAGCUUAUAGUUCUUUACAGCAUGAUCCCAAGAUGCAAAGAUACCAAACUUUGUGUCAACAGUUCUAUAAUCUGGCUGAGGCUGCAUGUGAAUCUGAAUGUGCUACUGAUCAGUUGGAAAAAGAUUUGAAAUGUCUUGCUAAAAAGUUUGGUUUGAGUUCAUGCCUGAAAAAUAACAUCGUAAGUGAGGGAGGACAAUUAAGGUAUGAGAGUGCCGUCACAGAAACUCCAUCCUACAAUACAUGCGGAAGUAGUGACGUACUAGUUCGCAGUCCCGUCACGGUUAAGCGAAAAGGCCGACCAAGAACUAACAGAUUGAAAUCAACCGUUGAAAGUAGGUGUAAAAAGAAAUCAAAGGCUACUAAAAAACCCAAGUGUAACCUACAUUACUCCUUUAAAACCCAAAUACCCCCAAAACCAUUUAACUUCCAACACACUCUGAAAACCCUAAUAACCCAAAAUGCCACCUCGCGCAAAGAAGACAACAAAGGCUUCGUCGUCGAGAACGACGCCUACUAUUCCAGAACCAGUGUCCCCUCCAUUAUCGCCACGGGUUGCAGGUAA